ACUACAAUGUUCUUUCAGUCGAGUGAUUCAUUCGCUCAGUCAGAACCAUUCAAAAGAAUUGAUCCACAUGAAUGAUCCGUUCUGGAGUCGGACAUCGCCACAGCGCGUGCGGAUGCGCGGAGACGGAGGAGGAGGCAGCGGCUGUGAGAGGACAGAGAUGCGGAUUAUGAAGGGUUGAGCAUCAAAUAAUCAAAGCGCAAAGACGAGGACGUCUAAUGGACGAGCACAUCUCAAUGGCACACAUUCACCGACAGGACUCUUCCCAUCUGCAUCUAGAUCGAUAGAAUGAUCAUCUCAUUAUAACAGCUCAUUUCUUAAAGAGCGUGCGGGAAGCUUUUGCAACAGGACAUCGACUACUGUAUUUCCAUAUAGUAAUUCUCAUAAACUAGAGCGAGGAAUGCGGAACACGGGGAUGAUUGUGGAUGCGGAGGAUGGAGAAAGCGAAGCAUCAUAAACGUGAUCCUGAAGGGAUUCGCCUCUGCGCAUUCUGUGCGUCCUGACGCGCUAACAUCCUCGCAGAUCCGCGUUCUGUAGAAACACAGCGAUCCGGAGGCGUUGGAAGAUGAGGCUCCCGCGUCUGCUUCUGUGCUCGUGGGCUUUCGUGGCCCUUCUGUCGGUCACCUCCUCAGUGCUGCUCCGCGUCCCCCUGCGGCAGGGGCCCCUCUCACAGCCCGCGGCCCCCCGGGGCCCCUCGAGGUCACGUAGAGCAGCUAGUGGCAUGAAUGUUGUAAACAUGAUCGACAACCUUCGCGGAAAGUCAGGCCAAGGGUAUUACAUUGAAAUGGCCGUGGGUGCACCAGCUCAGAAGCUGAACAUCCUGGUGGAUACGGGCAGCAGUAACUUUGCAGUAGGCGCAGCUGCUCACCCGUUCCUCCACAGAUAUUACCAUCGGUCUCUCUCGUCGUCGUACAGAGAUCUGGGCCGCGGCGUGUAUGUGCCGUACACACAGGGCCGCUGGGAGGGCGAGCUGGGCACGGACCUGGUGUCCAUUCCUCACGGGCCCAACGUGUCUCUGAGGGCCAACAUCGCUGCAAUCACCCAGUCUGACCGCUUCUUCAUCAACGGAUCUAACUGGGAGGGCAUCCUCGGGCUGGCCUACGCCGAGAUCGCCAGGCCGGACGAGACUCUGGAGCCGUUCUUCGACUCUCUGUUGAGGCAGACCAGUGUCCCAGACGUCUUCUCCCUGCAGCUCUGCGGCGCGGGCUUCACACAGAACUACAGCGCCGGCAGCUCCACUGUAGGGGGCAGUAUGAUUAUUGGGGGAAUCGAUCCGUCUCUGUGUGUUGGCGAGCUGUGGUACACACCAAUCAGACGGGAGUGGUAUUAUGAGGUCAUCAUCGUGCGCAUCGAGGUCAACGGACAGGAUCUCAACAUGGACUGCAAAGAAUAUAACUAUGAUAAAAGUAUCGUGGACAGCGGCACCACAAACCUGCGUCUCCCUCGUAAAGUGUUCCAGGCGGCUGUGAAGGCCAUUGAAGCGGCUUCAUCGACUGAACAGUUUCCGUCAGGUUUCUGGCUGGGCGAGCAGCUGGUGUGUUGGCAGGCGGGCAGCACACCCUGGCACAUCUUCCCUGUCAUCUCUCUCUACCUGAUGAGUGAAAACACAAACCAGUCUUUCCGCAUCUCCAUCCUGCCACAGUUACAAUCAGGAGCGGGAUCUCGUUUCUGUACCACCAGACAUGAUGCUGUCUCUAUUCCCUCGAAGGAUGAGUUUUUCCACGAUGAGUUCCGCACCGCUGCAGUGGAGGGGCCGUUCCAUGGCGUGGACCUUGAGGACUGUGGCUACAACGUCCCUCAGACCGACGAGUCCACAUUAAUGACCAUCGCCUACAUUAUGGCGGGCAUCUGUGCACUAUUUAUGCUGCCUCUGUGCCUCAUGGUCUGUCAGUGGCGCUUCACGCGCUGCCUUCAUCCGCUGGGCGCUGGAGAUUUCUCUGAUGACUUAUCCCUCCUAAAGUGA